UUCACCAAAGUGGUUGAGGAGAAAAUGCAGGUCGUUAAAGAAAAGGAGAAAUUGGUUGUGAUGGCACGGGACGAAUUAAAAAUAGCAACUGAUAAGCUUGUGGAAGCAGGGGAAAAAACGCAACAGCUGGAAGACAAACUGCACGAAUCGAAAGACGUUAUAAGUAAGCAGAAUAAGGAGCUGACGGAAAUGAAAGAACUAACACAGGGGCUGCAAUCACGUCUGGAGGAAGUGGAGGGCCAAAAGUGCCAGGUCUGCAAAUAUUUUCAAUCCUAA